AUGCUGCUCGACACCAAGAACGCGGCCCUCCUCGGCGCUCUGUGCGCCGCCGGCACCGCCCUGGCCGCCGAUGUUGAUGCCGGUUUCAACGUGCGGACCACCGCCGACGUCGCCGUCUCCCACGCCCGCCACUCGUGGGAAUGGGGCACCACCGCGCAGGCGCUCCUCGAGCUCGACAACCCCGAGCUCUCCGUCUUCGGCGAUGACCCCUUCCCCGGCGGCCGCCUGCCACGCGUCAACCCCGGCGUGCGCGCGCUCGCGUACGUGAAGCCGCAUAUCCGCCGCGACGGGCCGACGCUGACCGAGGACGGCGCGGUCGGUGACCCGGCGUCGAUGGGCGUCUCGGCGCUGCUGCUCGGAUCCUCGGACGGCGUGUACUACGGCGCCGCGGACAGACAGGCCGACUACAUCCUGCACAAGGCGCCGCGGUACGCCAACGGCGCCAUCUCGCACCGCGCCGACAUCAAGGAGCUCUGGGCCGACAACAUGGCCAUGUCCUUUCCCUUUUUGGCGUACUACGCCGUCUACAAAAACGACACGGACGCCAUGAGGGAGGUGGUCCGCCAGUGCGGCCUCUACCGCGACGUCCUCAAGAUCGACCGCUUCCUCAACUGGCGGCACAUCAUUGGCCCGCAGUCGCAGGACGAGGGCCUGUGGUCGACCGGCAACGGCUGGGCGGCGUACGGCAUGCUGCGCGUGCUGCACACUCUCCAGAAGUGGCCGCGCUCGCGGUCCGCCCUCGGCACCGAGCAAGGCCGCCUGAAGGCGUGGAUCAAGGAGAUCCUGGACGGCGCGAUGCUCUCCGGCCGCGAGGACCUCGGCCUGCUCCGCAACUACCUCAACGACGUUGGGUGGUGGGGCGAGAUCUCGGGCACGGCGCUGCUGUCGGCGGCGGCGUACCGCAUGGCGGUCAACGACCCGGGCAUGUUUCCGAAAAAGUACGUCGACUGGGCGGACGAGAACCGCCGCGCGCUGGGGAAGCAGCAGGGCGGCGACGGCGUGCUGGUGCCGGCGGUGAACCCGCUGGCGUGGAAGGACAGGAAUAAGUUCUACGGCGGCUCACCAGAGGGCCAGGCGUUUGUGGUGAACCUGUACACGGCGUACCGCGACUGCGUAAACGAGGGCGUGUGCCGGAAGUAG